UCGACAGAACACGGCAACAAGAUACAGCCCCAGUCAAAUCCUGUUUGGCCAAACCCUUCCACGGCCAGGGGAAUGGAGCAACUGGCCCGAAAAUCAACUCGAACCGCACAAAAUUAUCUCAAUAGGAAGGGAGACCCGAUAGCCGAGACACAGCCUCGUUACCAGAUCAGCGACCAGGUGCUCACACGGAAUCAUCAACUAUCAAAUAAGGCUCAGAAAUUCCACGCGGGCCUAGCACCCAGAUGGAAGGGACCAUAUACGGUCGCCCACAACCAAGGAGCUGUCUACUGGAUCACCCGUGACAACGAGACCAUCAAGGUGUACGAGACUCAACUACGCCCGGCUCCAACCACCGACCAGCAACAUCUCUUGGAAUAACAACCCACCUGUUGGGGGAGACCCUUCUGGUCUUAUUUCUGUAAUUAUUGACCACAACCCACCUGUUGGGGGAGACCCUUCUGGUCUCACUUCUGUAAAAUUAUUGCCCAAUGGCACUUUUGUAUAUUUUGUAAACAUUGUAUCUUGUUUUUUUUUUUUGCAAUCAAUAAAUUCUCGCCGUGGC